AUGAAAUUCAUUGAAAUUGGGGCAAAUUUGACUGAUCCAAUUUUUCGUGGGUUUUAUCGGGGAAGGCGAGUUCAUGAAGAUGAUUUUUCGCAUAUGUUACAACGUACAGUAAAGGCUGGUGUCGAAAAAAUCAUCGUGACAGCUGGUAAUGUGAAAGAAUGUAACGAGGCAUUAGAAUUAGCAAAGAAUCAUGAUAAUCUCUAUUCAACUGUUGGUUGUCAUCCUACUCGAUGUAAUGAAUUUGAAGAAGAUCCUGGUGGUCCCGAUAAAUAUUAUCAAAAACUUGUAGAUAUUGUCACAAGUGAAUCUGCUAAAGAUAAAGUGGUAGCCAUUGGAGAAUGUGGUCUUGUUGUUCAUUCGAUUACUUGUAAUCUCGAAGAAAUGGAACGUAUCGUUUCAUUAGGAUUAUAUAUUGGCAUUAAUGGAUGUUCAUUGAAAACCAAAGAAAAUCUCGAGGUGGCUAAACGAGUUCCUGAAGAUCGAUUAAUGAUAGAAACAGAUGCUCCGUGGUGUGACAUUCGUCCAACUCAUGCUUCUCAUUCCUAUUUAAAUCUUUCUAAAGAAAUGAUGGAUCUGUAUCGACCACCAACAUGUAAGAAAGAAAAGUUUCAAACAGGAUUCAUGGUGAAAGGAAGGAACGAACCUUGUUGUAUUGGUCAAGUAUUAUACAUAUUAGCUUCAAUUCGGGGCACAGAUCCCAUUACAUUGGCAGACAAAAUAUAUGAAAAUACUAAAGAAAAUUAG